ACCAAGCUGUACCCACCCACAAAGAUGACAGGAUAUAAGACAACACCUCAAAGUAAAAGUUUAAAAUUAACAGAAGAAAAUGUUUCAACAGACUCUACACCUGUUGCAAUUCAUGCAGAAACAAUAAGAAGACUUGAAGAUAUAGAAACAGCAUUAACGUCUCUACAAGACACAAAACAAAAGACUGAAGAUGACAUUUCAGGAAUAAAACAAUGGAGAGACAACUUUGUAACAGAACAGAGUGAAAUGGCGGUGAAAAUUAGCAAUGUGUCUAAGAAACAAAAACAGAAUUUAAAAAACUUAAGAAAACAACAACAUGAACAAGACAACAAAAUAGAAGAGAUAAACAAAGGAAUUGAAAAAUUAGAAGAAAAAGAAUCAACAACAAACAAAGCACUAGAGGAACUGUCUCUAGUUUUGAAAGACCAUGAAAAAAACUUAUACAAAAUAAACAAAGAGAUCCAGAAUCACACAGACAAAACUGAACAUUUAACCCAAGAAAUUAAAACACAUUUUGAUUUGAUCUCUAUAACACAAGAAAAAUUACUGUCUAAGCAUGGUGUUGUUUGUCAACUUCUACAACAAAGAUUGUCACCUAUUGACAACAUGAUUCAAGCAAAUAACAGAAACUUAGAGACUACCAAGGAAAAAUUGAAUAAGAUUGAAACUCUGGAAAAAGAUGUUUUAAAGUUGUCACAGGAUUUUCAGAUAGUUGCGCAUCGACAAGUGAAACAUCCAGCACAAGGUUUUAUUGUUUCACAAGGUCGCUGGGACGGGAAAAGAUAUAACAACGUUAUUACAUUCAGUUCUGUAGAACGUAACGUAGGAAACCAUUUUGAUCCCAACACUGGAGAGUUUACCGCCCCUGUUGAUGGCCUGUAUAAAGGAAGUCUUACAAUAAAACUAACAGGAGAUCAUGCUGUAGGAGCUUGGGUUUAUCACAAAUCUGGUGGUGUCCUGACCAGGCUCGGGAAUGUUUGUACACAAUAUAAAUCUGUAGAAGCUUCAAUGACGUUUGAGGUUAAGAUGAAAACUGGAGAUGUUUUAUAUUCAUCCACUGCCUUUAUGAAUUCGGAAUGUUCACAUUUUUCUUGUUCCCUUCUUGACGUCUAA